UUUUUUUUUUUUUUUUUUUACUACUCUGCUUCCAACCUUCCAUCAGCUUCUGUGUGUGUGUGUGUGUGUACUCUUGCUCACUCUCUUUUGCACUUCCAGUCGCGAUGGGCAUCCACUUUCCCCGCACAGACGCACCGACGCGCGAGACGGAGGCUGAAGUGGCCGCGUUUCGACUGCAGCAGCGCCAGUUCAUGGGCGUCCAGCAGCACGGCUUCCGUCAUCCCCGUCAGCCUCAUCGUGGCCCGUCUCAACCGCUCUCAGGGGCAGAGACAGGAACUGAAUCAUCCGGAGCUGGAUCAGGAGCACGGCCAGCGCCGUUCAAUGGCACGAGCCAGUUCAUGCGGCACAUGGAACUCCGACGACGCACGCAGCGAAUGACAGCGAGCAGCGACGACGACGACGACGAGGACGACGACGAGGAGGAGGACGACAACGACCGCCACCUUGACUGGUACACUCUCAGGCGUAAUAACGAGACGGACUCUGCUGCGGAUACGGAGGACGUGCUGGGCACCGCCUCGCACUACCGACGCCGAGCGCGAAGGAUGAUUGCCCGUGCAAGAAGCAUUGCCACGACCGCCAUCGAUGACGAGGAAGCGCGCCAAGCAGAGCAACAGGCGCGAUUGUUGCGCUUGGUGCAGAUGUACAACCGUCCGUGGAUGCUGCGGCGCCAGAACAGCGUCAGGAGCGACGUCCGCUCACUGUUUGGCACCCAACAGCUUAACAGCGAGGCUCCAGCCAGCCACUCAAGUACUACGACUACUUCUGCUACGACUACUCGGGCGAUGAGUACUGAUACUACUACAACCACAAGGGCUGAAAGUGCUGCUGCUGCCACGACCACGUCCACGACCGCAGAGCAACUGGCGCGACAUUUCGAGGCAAACGCGAAUGAUCAAAACACUGAGCGUGACAGCGUUAGCCGCUACCCAUGGCUGUCACAAACACAGCCACAAGAUUCCCUGCCAAUCUGGCCAGAAAGACUGACGGUGGUCGAUGUGCUGAGACCAGAGGAACGCGACGAACGCUUGUCUCCAUUACUCUCAUCGCUGUUUGCCUUCCUCGCGGACGACGGAAGUUCACCCCCCGUAACAAUUUCCAGCGUUUCUAUUCCUCCUGCUCUCAGUACCAACAGCAACAACAACAGCAGCGAUAACAACAACAACAGCAGCGAUAACAACAACAACAACAACACUAGUAGCAGCAAUCGCGAGCAGGGCACCAUAAUUCCCAGCAGAGACGACGACGAUGACGACGGCGACGACGUCGACAUCGAGCAAGUCCAUGCCCAUUUUGCAAUCCGCCACCACGACUCGAGCGACGACUCGAGCGACGACGAUGCAUCCCUGCUUCGCAUGUAUGGCACGUCCAACCGCGAGCCUUUCGACGAGCAUCGGAGUGAAUCUGAAUCUGAAUCGAACGAAAGUGACAAUAACCCUGGGCUUCACAACGACUCUGGCGACGACGACGACGACGACGACGACAAUAACAAUGAUAAUGAUAAUGACAGCGGAGACUCCUCCGACUCUGAAGAGACCGAAGCAGCGAACUCACGUGUCACUACUUACAGCAAUCGGAAUUACGAGGUGGACAGCAGCAGCAGCAGUAGCGACAGCGACGAAAGUGAAAGUUUUCUAGGUGCGCCAUUCCAACGAGGACCUGAGAGCAGCAGUGACAGCGACAGUGACAGCGACAGCAGUCGUGAAAACGAGACGAGGCGCGCAUUCGAUGUACGAUCUGAGAGCAGCAGCAGCAGCAGCAGCAGCAGCAGCAGUAAUCGCAGCGCGAGCGGCAAUCACAGCGACAGCAGUGGCUACCUCACUCCCUACACUGCGUUGUUUCUUGCACCUAGAGCUACAGCAACAUCAACAACAACAGCAACAGCAACAGCAACAGCAACAGCAACAGCAACAUCAACAGCUACAUCUACAGCUCCAGCUGCAUCAGCUACAUCAGCCACAGCCGCAGCGCACUUGCCCGCGUUUCGCGCUUCGGACAGCUCGCUGUUUGAGUUGACGAGCUCUGGUGAAGCUGCAUCAUCCGCUCCCCGCUCUGCCCUGAACACACACCACAGCUCCAUGGGCACCACCGCACGUCCUUACCCUCCUUAUGGCCUUCUCACCGCCCUCACCGCUCGCGCACUUGCUCCUCCUUCUCGUCCUCCUGUCGUCUUUUCAAACAUGUUUCCACGCCGGACUCCUCUUUACAAUAGAGCCGCACCGCCCGUCGAUUGGGAAGAAGCAGACCCGCUCAUCAGCCACGUUCAGUCGGUGUUUCCCGAUUCCGUACUUGCCCGAGCACGCGCGCAGGAAGACGUCUUUCCGUUCGUAUAUGACCCUCUCGCUCCCAGACGUGCGUCUGAGAGCUCGAUCGCCCAGCGUGAGCAAGCUCUCGGCGUCGACCCGAUUGAUGAUGAGAACGAAAGCGUGUUGGCCGCGAUUGACAAGUUUGUUGCCGCAGACACCAGCGCCGCCGCCGCGGCCGCGGUUUCGCCUCCUCGGCAUGUCAUGGGCGCUGCGCGUCGGCGGGCUGUUGACCAGAUGUCGCGUCGUGUCAAGCGAGUGCGCUAUCUCGAAACCCAUGCUCCGCUUGCCCGGUACUUUUGUCACAGUAGCCGUCGCUUGUAUCACCCGCACGGUUCCGAGCAGCCAGGACCUUCCUCGUCCACGGCGGCGACUGCAGCCUCGGCAGCUCCGUCGAAUCCGCGAUAGUUUCUUGGUUUGUUCGUUUUGUUCGGUUUGUUCAGUAUCGUUUCGAGCGUGUGGUCUGAGCGCCAUUGUUCAUGCGCCUUGGUUUGUCACAAUGUACUGUACAUUUGUUUUCAAGUCGUUGCUCUUCCUCUGCUUUGCUCAUGCAUUGUGUUCAUCUUUCUUAUUCCUG